UUCUUUGAAAUUAUAUAAUUUUAACUUAUGUCUUCGCAGCGUAAAACUCUCAGUUUCAACCGUAAAACUAUGACCAAAGCAUGGCAAGGAGGCAACCGUCAAGACUUUGUCAUCAUGAAGCGUAUCAAAAAUCAACAAGUCAUCAAGUUCAAUCGUGAAAGUCGUGAUGCUGCUACUUUCAACAAUAUCGCUUACAUCCUUGAGAACGAACUGCAUCUCAAAUAGCUACAAGAAACUCAAGCUGGUUUUCGACUUCUUUGCAGCUUUCAACGUGUUCCAGAAACUGAAGAGGGACUCAGAUCAUCGACUCAAGCAUCAAGACGAGUACUCGUACAUCGAGAAGAGCAACUUCUACCGUAGUCUUUAAACUCAAGAGGUAUGACAAAGGAGACAUCAUCUUCGACUUCGGUGACGAAGCUGACUACUUCUACAUGAUCCUCAAAGGCAGAGUCAGCAUCAGCAUGCCGACCACGGUCAAGAAGAACUUUACUCAUUCAGAACUCAUGAAGUUUAUCAGUGACAACCAGAACGAGUAAGUAGCCACAUUUCAUUGCUGGCCAAUGCAAGUUCAGAUUUGUAUGAUACAACUAUGUUUGUACUCUGACUCGAUACUUUUAAAGUGGUUCCAGAGUCAAUCGAAAAAUCUGACUCUAAAGACGCCAUCAACCUUUCGAAGGGUUCAGCUAACAGUCCAACCAGCAAACUGUCCAGCCACAACAAGUCCACAGUGGCUCCGUUUACGUUCAAAAAGAAGCAGUACAGGCUUGAUGAGAAGUCCCUCAAAGAGUUCAAAAGUAUGCUCGACUCUCCGACUCACUCGAGCAGCAGAAGGCCUGUGUUCAGCAAGCCUCCGAAAGCGCCCAAAGCAGAAGACAAGAAAGUGCACGAACUCAGAGUCUUCGCACAAAACGCCAUUCUCGGAGAAGGCACUUCGUUCGGUGAAGCUGCUCUUGGAAUCAACACCGGUGUCACCAAUGAAAACAAGCACUACAAAGUUGGUCCUUCUAAAGUACGCAUAUUCAGAAAUGCUAGAGUAGUUGCACUGACACACUUGCAGUGAGCAGUCAUUUCGAAAGCCAGUUUCCAAGAAAUCAGAGUUAAAGAGCCUGACUUCGGUGAAGACGCACUGCUUGAGUGUCAACACAUUCUCACAAACAACGGACUGCCUCAUCGAUUGCUGUACUUGACUGCAAAGCCAAAACUCAUUGAUCUCCGUAUCAACAACUACUUGUUGCACCAGAAUGAUGAAGUCAAAGGCAUUUUCUUGAUAAAGCAAGGCGAGCUUGAACGCAGGAGUCUCCACAAAGCCAGUUCGAACUCUGAACUCAAUCACACAUUUGGAGGCUCGUCUGUAAGUCCUGACAAGAACAGUCACAGAAGGACUCACACAGAAGGGUUCUUGUCGUUUCAGAGCAGCGCCAAAGCCAACCAGAGCUUGUAUCGUGAUGAGAACCGCUUGAUCAUGGGGAAACAUGUUGUCAUUGGUUUGGACGAACUUGAAUGUAACAAACAAACAUUCGAGUACUCAAUUAAGACUGUUUCAGCAUAUGCAAAAGUGUUCUUUGUAUCGAAGACUUCGAUCAGGAUACACCUCCGUGUCAAGAAGGCUCCUGACCAACUCAACUCUGAAGCUGAACAAGAUGUUAAGAAAUCGAAAGCACCCAUGAAAAUAGCCAAGAAGAUUGUCAAGAAAAUGAAGAAGGUUCUGAGGCCAAGUAAGCCUCACAACAGAACCAUGAGCAAGGACAACAGCGACCAUAUGAUUUCACAAAUGUACAAGCUGACUGACCAUUGCACCAAAGUUGACAACACAAGACUCAGUCGCUCCAUUCGCAAAUAAGCUGAUGGCAAGGUUCCACAGUAUGAGCACACUGAGUUCGAAUCUUAAGACUGCCACUGAGCCUUUAGCAGAGUCUAAGAACAAGUCUCACAGCAUGUUGAAGAAGCAAGUCCACAGUAUCACACGAAUCAAGGGAGCUCUGAGCAAAGACUCAAAGUUCCACUUCAAACCAAUGGCUCUGCAUGUGGUAAAGCGGGCUUUGAAGAAACAGGCCUAUUUCGGGUUUAACCUGCUCAAAAACAAGUAG